GUGGGCCGAGCCAGGGAUGGGUAAUAAAUGCCAGCUUCACCGAGUACCACAAAAACCAAACAGAAAAAAAAAAACCAAAUAAUCGGAACGACCAUUUUUCAUAAAAUGGUACUUUCGUCUUGACAGUUACAGUUUAACCAGGGGGUCCUGGGUGGGGUGCAGUCCAGGGACAGCAGCCCACUGAAUCGGUAACAAUGAUGCUCGUAUGUGCGUAAAACAUUUUUUUUUGAAGAAAACAGGAGGAAAGGAUCAACCUGGGCGUUGGGACAAAGCUGCGGGUGUCAACAGCGUGUGACAGGGCGGAAGGUGAGCGAAAGCUUCGCUUUUAAGGUGAAGAAAUGCUUCAAUGGCUUGCCUCUCAACGGAAUUUUAACAGGGAGUACUAAGAUUUAAAACGCUGAAGUGAGGUCGACCCCCAGGUUGCCGGGACCGACCAAUACAACCAGAGCUAACGAACAACUCACGUAGCGGCGUCCGACCGCAGCAGAGAAAGCGGACGACUGAGCGGUGCCCGCCAACGUCCCUGUGCGCAUGCGGGGACCCGGCACUGUGCGUGCUUCCGCCGCCCGCAGGGCAGAGUGCCUGUAAUUCAGGUGCACGUAGGGCGUGGGAUGUCGCUUCCGAAAUUGGUUCAACCCACUCCCAUUUUCCAGCUGGAAAAGAAACAUAAGGAGGACCUAGUUGCUGUGCCAUUUUUGCUCUGUUUGAUAUGUUAAUGUGGAAAUGCAUUUUAAUCGAACAUGCAAAAUUCUUGUCAACAAUAAAGAAGGAAUGGUCCCAGUUGGAUCUUCUGUCGCUGGAGAAGAUCUUCUGGAUCUCCUGGAGCUUUUCAGGCAACGAAAGCCAGGAUAUGGGAGAGGAAGAUUUGGAGAAUCAGAAACUAAGCAAAAGGCUCAGUGCAUCAGGAGCCGAUAAGGACAUUCAUGUCUCAGGUGUGUCUGUGUCAUUGGAGAAAAUGACGACGGAGGAGGUCUGUGAAUGGCUGAUUGACUCCGGCUUCCAAUCAUGUGUCCGGCGUGUCAAAGAACUUGGGAUUACUGGUCAGCAUUUAGCCAACAUUGACCCGGAGCUGGUUGACCAGUUGAAGUUACAAGUUGCAGAGGACAGACAACAUUUGCUGGUCGCCCUCUACCAGCAACUCAAUCCUUCAGAUAUGAAUGUCAAGCAGAUACUGGGUGAUCAGAACAAGACAAAUGAACAGCAAGUUGAGGAGCCUUGGACCAUGAAGGAGAGAUGUAACACCUCUGGAUCUGACAAGGGAACUGACACAUCCGGUGCAGCAAUACCACUAGAGCGAAUGACAACAGAUGAGGUUUGCAAGUGGCUGACUGACUCUGGAUUCGAGGCGUAUGUGCCGCAUAUCAGAGAUACAUUUGUUGUCUCGGAGGGUGUUGGAACUGGCACAAGCUGUGGAAACCAGGCUGCAAGAAGCAGGUCGUCAGAUUCGAGACCUGGAAUUGCGGAAACCAGUAGAUGCUGUAUUGUUGGAAGGCAAAUUGAACUGCAUCCAAAGGAUGAUGGAAGAAAUGGAAGGAAGUAUCCAGCAGACUGAGAAAAGGAAACAGGCAUGCAUUAGGGACAAUAGGAAUCUGACUAAAGCAUCUGUCGAAGGAGCCAUUCUGGAGCUGCAUUUCAUUCAACAGAAGCUGGCCUUAAUUCAGCUGAAGGAACAGUAUUCCCGAGUAAAAAUGCUCCUCUUUGUGAAUAAACUCCAG